AUGAACAAACUAAAAGUCAGUACUGCCAGCUCCCGGUUCCGUCCGGCCACAUGGUUAAAGAAAUCAGGCUAUGCCCCACAUGUUUAUCUCUUUAGGAAUCUAGAACAGGGCCAAGUACUCUACAGUCAAUUACCACAGGUCACUAAUCAUAUGAUUGAGAAGACAUUCAAGAAGAAAGUGGAUAGUUGGAUGUAUAAGAAACCCUCCACGAGGAGAGAUCUUUGGAAAUGUAUGUGUGUAGUGAAUAUGAAAGAUUACGAUGAUGGUGUAUUGUUAUUUCAAAAUUUACAAAGGUUGAGGUUUUUAAGAGAUUUUGCGCAGUUAGAUAAAGCUAAUGAGUUUAGAAAGAAAGAUUCAAAUGGUCAUGUUUGGUAUAGUGGGAAAUUUAGACCUACUUUCGCUCAAGAAGCUGUGGCGGAUUUAAGGGAAUCCUUAAUUAAAAUGCAAAAACAUGAUAAAAUUGAACAAGAAAAAGAUACAAAUGAGAUUGAUAUAUAUUGGGAAGACCCGUGGAGAAUGGGGGAUCUAGAUAAAUAUUGGACCCCCGUUUUGUCAAAUGUGAAUCACAAACUUAUAAAUAAUUCCGGCAACACGGCGAGAGAGGAAAGUGUAAUUUUGAAAGAAAUAAGUACUCAAACAUUGAAUGAAUUAUCAAUAUCAUCAUCCUCAUCAUCUAAAGUUCCAUUUUCGCCAGUUUUAUGA